AUGGAUACGGUAGUCAAGAGUAUGUUGGAUGAAGAUCCUAAAGAAGAGAAGGAAGGUUUGGUUAUAUUUGGAAGAGAUAUCUCCAAAAUUCCUUGUUUUCGUGAAAGUUUCAUGUAUGGGAUAGCAUCAGGAAUAGGAGUGGGCCUAGCUUCAUUUAUAAAAACUUCAAAGCCUUUGAUGUCUCAGCAUGUUGGUGUUGGCACAUUUGCUAUAACAACUUUAGUCUAUUGGUCAUAUUGUAGAUAUGAAUGGUCAAGGCAGAAGUUUGAUGCACAACUACUACAAGAAGCUUUGAAGGAUAAAAUUAGACAUGAAGGAACUGUACUUGAAAAAGAGUUAGAAGAAAAAGGAAUUUUAAAGUCAGCU